UUAUGCUGAGUGCGAGAUAUUCCUUGUUUUCACUACGAUUUUCAUCAACAUUUUCUACACCACUACUUCCAAAGGGAGCCUUGGCAUAUAUCAAUGGCGAAUGGGUUAACUCCAAGAAUAAAAGCACAUUUGAUGUCUUCAAUCCUUAUACCGGAGACUUGCUCUAUAAAACCACCAAUUGCGAUCUACACGAAGCCAAAUUGGCUGUUGCUGCUGCGAAAGAGGCGUUCAAAAAGUGGUCGUUGGAGACAACUCCCAAGCAACGUGGUGCAAUUUUAAGGAAAUGGUUUGAUAUAUUUGUACAGAAAGAGGAAGAACUUGCUCGGCUUCUAACACUCGAACAGGGAAAACCGCUCGUUGAUGCCAGAGGAGAAAUCGGGUACUCCGCUGCGUUUCUUGACUGGUAUGCCGGUGAAGCGAGACGGAUCUAUGGACAGGUUGUUACUCCAGCUGUACUCAAUAGGGAGCACGUCCACAUCAGGGAACCGAUCGGCGUCGGGGUCUUAAUCACUCCGUGGAAUUUUCCAACAGCAAUGAUUGCACGUAAAGCUGGAGCUGCAUUGGCUGCCGGUUGUACACUUGUUGUGAAGCCAGCUCAUGACACCCCUCUAAGUGCACUUGCUUUAGCACAGACCGCUGAAGAAGCUGGACUUCCAGCUGGUGUUUUCAAUGUGGUAACUGCAGAUCACAAACAUACUGCAGAGAUGUCGAAAUAUUUCUGUGCAAGCACUGAUGUGGAUGUGAUAAGCUUCACAGGAAGCACUGCUGUAGGGAAGCUCCUGCUCUCCCAAUCGGCGUCGACGGUGAAGCGAGUGUGUUUGGAGCUUGGAGGUUCUGCCCCUUUCAUGGUAUUUGACUCAGCUGAUUUAGAUGUCACAGUUAAGGGAGCUAUGGCGGCAAAGUUUCGUGGUUCUGGCCAGACUUGUGUGGCAGCAAAUCGAUUCCUCGUCCAGCAAAAGAUUCACGAUGACUUUGUGACAAAAAUGACGGUUGCCAUGAAAGGCUUAGUGGUCGGAGAUGGAAUGAAUCCGAAGACAACAAUCGGCCCCAUGAUUAAUGAGGCUGCUAUUAAAAAGGCAAGUGAUAAUCACUCCAGUACUGAUAAAAAACAAUCAAUCUUGGACGGUUUACUCAAGGAUGCUGUUGCAAAGGGUGCUCGUGUUGUUCUCGGCGGAAAGAAAGGAAAAGGAACA